GCUCUGGGGAGUGUUUAGCACCAGACCCAUUGUAGGGAUUAGGGUACAUACAGGCUGAUCUCCUCCGGUCCCUUCUGCCUGCAGCAUGGAGAAGAACAAACUCCUCCAUUCAAGUCUUGUUCUUCUCCUCCUGGUCCUCCUGCCCACAGAAGCCUCGGGCUCUGCAAAACCACACUACAUGGUGCUGGUCCCCUCCCUGCUGCACACUGAGACCCCUGAGAAGGGCUGUGUCCUUCUGAGCUACCUGAAUGAGACAGUCACCGUACGUGCUUCCUUGGAGUCUCUCAGGGGAAACAGGAGCCUCUUCACUGACCUGGUGGCGGAGAAGGACUUAUUCCACUGUGUCUCCUUCACCAUCCCGCGGUCUUCGUCCAGUCAGGAGGUGAUGUUCCUCACCGUCCAGGUAAAAGGAUCAACCCAGCAAUUCAGCAGCCGGACCACAGUGAUGGUUAAAAACAAAGAGAGUCUGGUAUUUGUCCAGACAGACAAACCUAUCUACAAACCAAAGCAGACAGUGAAAUUUCGUGUUGUCUCAUUGGAUGAAGAUUUUCACCCCGUGAAUGAGUUGAUUCCGCUAGUAUACAUUCAGGACCCCAAAAGAAAUCGCAUCGCACAAUGGCAGAGUCUCCAGUUAGAGAGCGGCCUCACGCAAUUGUCCUUUGCCCUCUCAUCAGAGCCCUUUCUGGGCUCCUACAAGGUGGUGGUACAGAAACAAUCAGGUGGAAACGUAGAGCAUCCUUUCACGGUGGAGGAAUUUGUGCUUCCCAAGUUCGAAGUGCAAGUGACAAUGCCAAAGGUAAUCACCAUCUUGGAAGAAGAGAUGAAUGUGUCAGUGUGUGGCCUAGAAAAUCUGAACAGCCACGGCUGCGUCUCUCAGCAAGUAAACACCAAGGUCUUCCAGAUGAAGAGGGAAGGGUAUCAAAUGAAACUGGACAUGGAGGCCAAUAUCAAAGAAGAAGGAACAGGAGUGGAAUUAACUGGAAGAGGAUCCACUGAAAUCACGAGAGCCAUAACCAAACUCUCAUUUGUGAAAGUGAACCCUUACUUUAGAAGAGGGAUCCCUUUCUUUGGACAGGUGCGCCUAGUGGAUGGGAAAGGUGUCCCUAUGCCAAAUAAAACCAUCUUCAUCACAGCACAUGGAUCUGUCUAUAAAUCCAAUGCUACCACAGAUGAGAAUGGCCUGGCACCAUUCUCCAUCAACACCACCAGUGUUAUGGGCAUCUCUCUUACUGUACAUGUAAUAAUGGCAAAGGGAGGCAUUGUCCGAACUGGAACUCAUGUACUGCCUGUGGAACAGGGAGAUAUGAAAGGCCACUUUUCUGUGUCAGUCCCUGUGGGGUCAGACAUUGCUCCUGUCGCUCGGUUGCUCAUCUACGCCAUUUUACCUGACGGGGAAGUGAUUGGGGAUUCUGCAAUGUAUAACGUUGAAAAUUGUCUGACCAACAAGAAAUUUGGUUUUUUGUCCUUUGUAUUUGUACAGGUUUAUAACCUGCUACCAGUGCGGGACCUCACUGGCUUCCCCGCGGGUUUGAGUCAACAGGAGGAAGACGAUAGAGACUGUGUCUAUGGUUAUAACAUGAAUAUUAGUGGAAGACCAUAUAUUAUGAUUACAGAUAUACAUGAAAAAGAUAUGUAUAGCUUCCUACAGGAUAUGGGCUUAAGGGCAUUCACCAACUCAAAGAUUCGUAAACCCACAAUAUGUCUACCGCUUAUAUUGUAUAGCCCACGGAUACCUAAACCUGUAGAAGAAAUAGGUAAAAAAAUGAAUACAAAUUUAUUUCCUAAUAUAUUGAACCAAAUAAUAGACACAGAUGUAAUGGAACAAGGCCAUGAAACUGCAAGUAUGAUGCUUGCUGGAGGGGCUCGCACAGAGACUGUACGAAAGUACUUCCCUGAGACGUGGAUCUGGGAUUUGGUGGUGGCAGACUCUUCAGGUGUGGCUGAGGUAGGGGUAUCCGUCCCUGACACCAUCACGGAGUGGAAGGCAGGGGCCCUCUGCCUGUCCCAGGACACAGGACUUGGUCUCUCUCUCACUGCCUCUCUCCGAGUCUUCCAACCCUUCUUUGUGGAGCUCACCAUGCCCUACUCUGUGAUCCGCGGAGAGGCCUUCACACUCAGGGCCAGUGUUGUCAACUACCAUCCCAAAUGCCUUUUGAUCUUUGUGCAUCUGGAAGCCACUCCUGCCUUCCAAGCUGUCCCAGUGGAGAAAGAACAAGAGACUGUCUGUGUCUGUGGUGACGAGCGGCAAACUGUGUCCUGGGAAGUAACCCCAAAGUCACUAGGAAAUGUCAAUUUUACUGUGAGCGCACAAGCACUAUCAUCUUCAGAGUCGUGUGGGAAUGAGAAGGAUAGCCUACCUGAAUAUGGAAAGAAAGACACAAUCAUUAAGCUCCUAUUGGUUGAACCUGAAGGAAUAAAGAAGGAAGUGACAUUCAACUCCCUGCUUUGUCCAUCAGGUGCUGAGGUAACUGAAGAAUUAUCCCUGAAGCUGCCACCAAAUACUGUAGAAGGAUCUGCCCGAGCCUCUGUCUCAGUUGUGGGAGACAUAUUAGGCUCUGCCAUACAAAACAUACAAAAUCUCCUCCAGAUGCCCUAUGGUUGUGGAGAACAGAAUAUGGUCCUCUUUGCUCCCAACAUCUAUGUUCUGGAUUAUCUAAAUGAAACACAGCAGCUGACUCCAGAUAUCGAGUCCAAGGCCAUUGGUUAUCUCAACACCGGUUAUCAGAGACAGUUGAACUACAAACACCAUGAUGGCUCCUACAGCACCUUUGGGGAGCAAGGUGGCAGGAGCCAGGGCAACACCUGGCUCACAGCCUUUGUACUGAAGACUUUUGCCCAAGCUCGAAACCACAUCUUCAUCUACGAAGCACACAUCACCCAGGCCCUCACCUGGCUCUCCCAGGAGCAGAAGGACAACGGCUGUUUCAGGAGCUCUGGGUCGCUGUUCAACGAUGCCAUAAAGGGAGGAGUAGAAGACGAAGCCACCCUCUCCGCCUACGUUACAAUUGCUUUUCUGGAGAUUCCUCUCCCAGUCACGCAUCCUGUUGUCCGCAAUGCCGUGUCCUGCCUGGAGUCAGCCUGGAAGUCAGCAAAGGAAGGAGCCCGUGGCAGCCAUGUCUACACCAAGGCACUAUUGGCCUAUGCUUUUGCCCUGGCAGGUAACCAGGACAAGAGGGCAGAAGUACUCAAGUCCCUUCAUGAGGAAUCUGUGAAGAAAGACGAGUCAGUCCACUGGGAGCGGCCAGAGAAACCCAAGCCACAAGAGAGGUAUUUCGAGCCCCAGGCUCCCUCUGCUGAGGUGGAGAUGACGUCCUACGUGCUCCUCGCUCACCUCACGGCGCAGCCAGCCCCCACCUCGGAGGACCUGGCUUCUGCGACACGCAUUGUGAAGUGGAUCACAAAGCAACAGAAUUCCCAGGGCGGUUUCUCCUCCACCCAGGACACAGUGGUGGCUCUCCAUGCUUUGUCUAAAUACGGAGCAGCUACUUUUACCAGGACUGGCAAGGCUGUACAGGUGACAGUCCAGUCUUCGGGGGCAUUUUCCACCAAAUUCCAAGUGGACAAUAACAACCGCCUGGUACUACAGCAGGUCUCAUUGCCAGAGCUGCCUGGGGAAUACAGCACAAGAGUGACAGGAGACUCCUGUGUCUACCUCCAGACAUCCUUGAAAUUCAAUGUUGUCCCAGAAAAGGAAGAAUUCCCAUUUGCUUUAGAGGUACAGACUCUACCCCAAACUUGUGAUGGACCCAAAGCUCACACCAGCUUCCAGAUCUCCCUGAAUGUCAGUUACACUGGCAGCCGUCCUGCCUCCAACAUGGCGAUUGCUGAUGUGAAGAUGCUAUCUGGCUUCAUUCCCCUCAAACCAACAGUGAAAAUGCUUGAAAGAUCUAACCAUGUGAGCCGGACAGAAGUUAGCAACGACCACGUCUUGAUUUACCUGGAUAAGGUGCCAAAGAAUACACUGAGCUUUUCCUUUACGGUUCUGCAAGAUAUUCCAGUACGAGAUCUGAAACCAGCCAUAGUGAAAGUGUAUGAUUACUAUGAGACAGAUGAGUUUGCAAUUGCUGAGUACAAUGCUCCUUGCAGCAAAGAUCAAGGAAAUGUUUGAAGACCACAUGAAUGAAAAGUGCUUUGCUGGAUUUUCUGUUCUCAGUACUCCACAGAAGACAAGUGGGUUUUUUUUUUUGUUUUGGUUUGGUUUUGGU